AUGGGAUCUGAAUCUGAUGAAGAAAUAUCUGCAGCUGUGAGGGAAGUAGAAGAGGCCGCAAAGACACCGCAAAAGAAAGCUAAGUCUACCGCAAGAAAAACUAGGCCCACCGCAGAUAAGUCGCAAACUGAAUGUAAAAGAGACAAGCUUAUCGAGCUAUCUAGGGAUGGUGUAAUCGAUAAGACCGCAAGUUUCAUAAGAAAGUCCAACAAAGAUGUUAUAGAUAAACUUUACAGUGAGUAUGAAAGUCAGAGGAUGUCAUGCGCAAGUGACUUCUUAUCAACACUUAUUAUCUCAAAGUUUGCUUCCAUACUAGGAAGGUUUAAUGCGGUGGAAUCUUCUGAGAAGCUGUCAGAGGAACUACUUAGUGAUAAGCUUUUAAAGGAUGACGUAUGUUAUUUAACUAGAACGAUAUCCCCAAACAUCCCAUUCAUAGGUCUCAUAUCAGGUGGAUGCACAACAGCUAAGCAUGUGGUAGCUCACAAGUGGAAGAAGAAGGGAAAGACUGAGGAAAUAUCUGAGGAAGCAAAACAUAUCUUAUUACAUAGUGAAGAAGAAUGUCUCAACUUAGAGAGCCGUACGAUUGGGGAAACGCCUGGGAAGGAACUGAAUUUGAAGACAUAA